AUGGGAACCAUGUUGCGGUACAUACCCCGGGUCCUGCUCAAGUAUCUUGCUCAAUGCGCUCUCGGCGGGUUCCUAGCAUUUGGCUUCGUACAAUACCAUACCUGGAUUGUUUUGGGCUGGACUUUCGAGUCGGUAUGGACAAUCUAUCGCACCCUUCUCUCGUGUGUCGCUUGGCUUGGUGGAUGGAGAGCGGCGAUACUCUUACCUACGAAGGGAUCCAAUCGCUGUGGGACAUGCAAAGCAGAAUUUCUUCAAUGCAAUAAGUCCUUUCAAUACCCUGCGUUAGUCGACGGUGCAGACAGUAUCCGUCUCCUUCGCAUCAUCGAGGAUCAACAACGUGACAUCAAGUGCCAGCUUGCAACAUUCAGUCUGGACGAAGCACCGGACUACCUUGCCUUGUCAUACCGCUGGACCGCUGACGACCCGAAGCAUAUGCUAACCCUCAACGAAAGUACCUUUCAUGUCCGCGGCAACCUCCACGACUUCUUGAAGACUAUGAAACACGAAGGCAACCCUAGUUGGCUCUUCAUCGACGCCAUUUGCAUCAAUCAGCACGACGUCCGUGAGCGAAGUCACCAAGUCGCCUUGAUGCGUCAAAUCUAUACCAGCGCAACCGAGGUAGUAGCAUGGCUUCGAUGCGAGAGCAAAAGACCGACUAUCGACGGCGAGGAGAUGACGAUCCGAUCCUCACCCGCCGAAAUGCGAAAAGCUCUCAAGAAGAUGACCGAUGAUCUGGAUGACGAUCCUGAACUAAAGCACCUACCUGCUGGAGCCAUUGCGAUGAUGAAAGAAUCCAUGGAAAAGUACGCUCGAGAGAGGUACGCCGAAAGGUUCAAGGCUGUUCAAGAGACGACGGUAUGGCACAUCUUUCUGGAGGAUGACUACUGGACCCGUCUGUGGCCUGUUCAAGAGAUUCUCCUCGCUAGGAACCUGACGUUUCGGUGUAGGAAAGUGGCCUUCGACUGGGUGGAUCUUCAGAUCGUUGUGGAAGAACAACGUCCUGAAAUCCAUGGGCUUUAUGACAAGGCACAAUUACCGCCUCACAGGGCGUAUCAGCCUGCUCGAGACAAUGGUCCACUCAAGAUGGGGGCCCACAAAUUAACCAUGAUGAGUGAACUACUCUGGCGAAAACACCACCAACAGCGACUGGUAGGCCACUUCAACACAUGCAUCCCCCUCUACGAAGCCAUCAUCCAAUUCGCCGGCCAAAAGUGCACCGACCCGCGCGACAAGAUCUUUGGUCUUGUGGGAAUCUGCCAAGCGAAGCUCAAACCCUACUACGAUAUGCCUCUCUCCGAAGUCUACCUACGAGCCUUGGUCGAAGGCCUAGUCGAGAUCUUCGAAGAACACUCCGCCGAACCUGACAAUAUCUCUUCAGCUGCAUCAUUGAAAAAGAUCACAACCUUCUGCUGGGCUCUCCGGUACGCACUCGGUCUCGACGAGAUGAGCGCCACAGUGAGCCUCAUCACCAAAGAAGUCCUACACCUCUUCUCCCCGCCCCAAUCGAUGAUUUGCGACGACCUCUCCUGGACCGGCCUGCCCCUCAACGGCAUCGUCAUACGAAACAUCCAACCUCUCCUAACCAACGACGUCCUAGCCUUCGCCUGGACACACUUCUCCCUCGACAAGAUCUACUACGACAUGUCGCGGACGUUCUUCGAAGGGCGAUACCCCUGGAUGGGCAAAUUCAAAGAGUGGGCGAACAACGGCGGGUGGAUUCGAGCACGACUCCUCGCCGUUUUCGCGGAGAUGAUCUUUGGGCCUUUGUAUCUUGCUAGUCGGUGGCCGUUGAUGGUUUAUCACACGUAUGACAGUUUGAUGACGUUGCCUGGGGGUGAGGAGGUUAGAAAGUAUGGUGAGUGGAGUAAGAUGUCUGGAAGGGUGUUUCAAGAUAUGAUGAAGGACGGGAUCGUGCCGAGGAAGUUUUAUAUCUUGACGGUGCUGGAGGAUAAUGAGGAGAGGAUUGUCGAUGCUCUGGGUGGAUUGCUGGCGAAGGGCAUGGCUUUCUUCGCCGGACAGGGAGAAGACGAAGGCCACCAAACGACUGGCAACAACAGCACCUGA